AUGGCACAAUACCCAGAACUCCAUAUUGAAGCUAGGAUCCCGCCCCUCACGCCCCUCACGCUACGGUGGGCAUCCCGGGUCCUGUUUCACACAUCGCUCGAAGGUGUCACCGCGGAGGACCCGGACGAGGUCAGGCUUCACGCAUGUACCAGAUGGAUAGCCCGACACUUCCGCCGGAAGGGACCUACGCCACCUGAUCGCCCCCACUAUGAACUAUGGACGGAUGGCUCUGUCGAACUGGGAGUAAAAUCUGGCGCAGCAGCCAUGAUUUACCUCAACGGAGAGCUCCUUGCCCAAGCAAAGGCAGGCGCAAACCCAAUAGCGUGUAGAUGCCGAGCUGAAUCUAUUGCAUUCCAAGUUGGCCUGCAGAAAUUGCUGGACAUCAUUCCCCGCCGCAACACUCGGCCGUGCAGAGUCUCCGUCUUCACGUAUUCCCUGUCACUCCUCAUGGCACUCCGGACAGGUCACCUGACAGUAACAGACCCCAUAUUGAGAAUAAUAUGGAACCUGUUAUUGGACCUCCAACACUACAAGGCACGCGUACGGCUACAAUUUAUAUUUGGCCACUGCGGCGUUGCAAAGAAUGAGGCAUGUGAUAAGGAAGCGAAGACGGCCUCUGACCUACCGCAGCGCGGGGACACGUGGAUACCGGAUGUGGUAGCGCUGGCCAAACGUCACAUACGUAGCCAGCUGCCCAAACCAUCUACCCACCGCUUCAGCAUCACCGGCCAUUGGAACCCGACACGCAAUGAUCCCAGCUUAACUCGGGAAGAAGAGGUGGUCCUAGCUCGUUUUCGCACAGGUGUAUCCCACCGCUACGGCUGGCUACUGCGAGUAUUACAGCCCACCACGCCAAAUACAUGCAGGUGGUGCAACCCCAUAGAACCCCCUUCCCCACUCAAAAAGCCUCGAAUAGAAACGCCUGCAGCAAACACAGAGGCAGCGCCUUUGCGUUUCCGUGAUCCGGUCAACUGCCCGGUAUGUCAAACCCGCAAUGGCUGUCGGUCAAGCGCUGUGGUUCACAUGGUCAACAAACAUGGAUUCACACGUGCCCGCGCACUCUGGAAAGUCAAGCAUCCCACANCCCGCCAUGGCUGUCGUUCGAGCGCUGUGGUUCACAUGGUGGGCAAACAUGGAUUCACAUAUGCCCGCGCACUCUGGAAAGCCAAGCCUCCCACAGCCGCGGGGCCGCCGGACAUCCCGCCAGAACCCCCUCCCCCAGCACCAAGGCCCAAACGCACUGCACUGGACACAACGAGUGAUCUCAACCCGAUCACCAAGAGGCGUCGGGAAGAGUUUGCUUGCACCUUAUGCGCGGCGCCGUGA